UGUCAGCCUUGGUUGCUCAGUCAGUAUUGAGGCUCUCACACCCGGGAAUGUUGCCCACAAUUUUUUUUUAAAUGGCGUCUGUUUGCAAGAGCCUUGAAGAAGGUAAUGUGAACCCUGUGUAGCCACAGGACUUUUAAAUCUUGCAUGGUACACCCAACCAUACAUGGUUGUGGUGCACCGUCCUGUAAUAGUUACUCACCCCAGCUAUAUAUAUAUAUAUUGUGCUCUUUAAGGGUUAAACAGAAUGCUUCCCUCACCUCUGAGAACCCCAGAUUCUGGUCCUGUUGGUUUGGUAGACCUUUGAAAGUCAUUAUAUGCCUGACUGUUGACUGUGUCUAAUGAAUCAGAGCCUUUAGCUCAGUGAACCCAUUGAUGGUUCUGUACAAAAAGUCGAUUCUCAUUACAUUUAACACUUUUUUUUUAGAAUUCCUGAAAGUGAAGUGGCAUUCAUUCAAGAUCAAGAUCAAGAUCAAGUCGGCAUUGGAUGGACCUAUGAUAAAGCUCAGCAAGUGUUUUUAUCUUGUGAAAAUACAAACAAUUUUAAGAUAUGCUCUCCUAUAAUUUGCUUUGAAAUUUUAAAAAAGGACUCGAUAAAUCAUUUAGUGGAAAACUCUCGUGUUUUCUCAGGAACAGCAUGGGCUAAUGAUAACAAGCAGAUGAAAACUGGCAAUGUAAUACCUGCGAAGGGAAAUAAAAUAGUUGAGAAUGAAGGUAACAUUCCAGCUCAUAAUCAGGAAUACAUUCUCAGUUCUGCUAAUUUUAAGUAUCAUGUUGAUAUGGUCAUCCAUUCUCCAUAUGAAUUAGGAGAAAAUUUGUUGGCAGAUUUGACAAAAUAUCUUUACUCAAUGGUUGAUAGCAACACUGUAAGUUAUGUUUCAAAUAAGUUAUGGAUCAUUGAUGUUGAUACUGUUAUAUACAAUCCAGGAAACAUUAGGAGAUUUAAUUCCAUUGAACAUGCUUUACAAGCAUUUUGUCACCCAGUGGAUGACUCUGAAGUGUGCAAGCACCCCUUUUCUACGUACUUGAUCAAAUCUGUUCCGUUCACUUCCAUGGGUUCUUCUUAUGCUUCUGUUCUUAAAGGUUCCAAGAGUGAAAGUAAAGAGAUCAACUUCACACUUGUUCCAAAAACACAUCAAGAUCAAACUCAUAGAAAUCUUACCAUUGAAACAAAGAAUCAAGUUAUCAGGAGUGAAAAUAUAUCUAAGUGUGAAGAAAAUCAAGUAAAUGACAAGAAAGAUUGUAAAAUGCAAGAAGAUACAAAUUCCUGGUUUAGAAGGGAUUCAAAAAAUGUUUGUAUUGAAAAUGUACAAACAUAUAAUAGCAGCAAGUGCUAUUACAAGUUUGUGACGGAAAGGAAAGAAAAAGGGGAAGAAAAUUUUGAGAAAAAAGGGAAGAAAAUUUCAUUAACUGGUGAACUUCAGGAGUUAGUCAAUGAAAGAAAAUUACAAAAAGAUAUUCAACUGUCUGAGGUCCAUGUCAGCCAAUAUGCAAGUAGAUUACCCAAAGAUACUAUUUAUAAAUCAAAAAUGGCCAUCGACAAUGCAAAAUACUCUGCUAUAUCCAUUGGAUCGGAUAGAAAAGGUGAUAAGUAUAUUAAAGGAAACAUUGGCUUUGACAAUGAUCUGCAUUAUAAAAGUAGAGUUCCAAAAACCAUGUACAUUGUUCAAACACAGAACAUAUGUUUUGAAGAUAAUGCUCCUAAAGACUAUGAAGAGUUUAUAACAAUGAAAGCUCAAGAAUCUCCAGUCCAAACAUUACAUAAUACAAAGGUUUCUGAACACAAAUUGCAGGAUAGUAAAGUUUUAGAUACCCUCUUUUUUGAAAGGGAAAUAGACAUUUGUGGUAGUGGUGAUUCUGAAAUAAAUUUGGACAAAGCGGUGGUAAAAAGUGAUACACAAAAAUAUGGCUCAUUCGAAUUUCAUCAGAAUGAUAAUGGGAAUGAGGUUGAAAAAAAUUUUUGCUACCCUAUUUCCCACAUAACAAAACAGGUCCAGGAUUCACAUUCUCAAAGUGACUGCUCCAGUUCUGGCUCGAAAAAACGUACAUAUAAUUCAGACCUUAAAAAUAAAUCUAGAUUGUCAGUUAAUGAAAUAUGUAACUCAAAAACUGUCAAGUCAAAGGAAAACAUUUCAGAUAAUUCUAAUAUAUCCAAAGAUAAAUUUCAAGGACAUUUUGAACUCGGUAAUAAUGAAGAUAAAGAAGAUUUCAGUCUCACUUUAGGUUACCUUAAGCCUGAAGAAGAGGUUUUGGAUGAAUGUGGAAUGAUGAGGAAGUACUAUGGAGUUCGUUCAGAAAUUAAACAGAAAACCAUAAUUAUUCUUGGGGCUUCAGGAAGUGGAAAGACAACACUGGUGAACUUUGUUGCUAAUUAUUUUAAAGGUGUUAAAAGUGCUGAUGGUGAAUUAGUACAUGUAGUUAGAAACUCUAAUGAUGUACGAUCAUACACAACAUCAAUUACUGCAUAUACAUUUUGUUUUGGAGAGCAUGAUACUCCAAUAACGAUUAUAGACACUCCAGGACUGAAUGACUCUUCCGGGGCAGAAGUGCGAGAUCAUGUCCAGUCACUCAAAACCUUCUUGGCAAAUGCUGCUUCACAAAAUUAUGAGAUCCAUGCCAUUGGUUUUGUAGCACAAGCUCAUUUGGUACGUCUAACAUCAUCAGAACGUCUUGUUAUGGAUUAUGUGUCCACUCUGUUUGGUCAAGGUAUUGAAAAUCACUUCUUCACAUUUGUUACAUUUGCUGACAACCAGGAGACUCCCCCAGUUGUGGAGGCCAUGCGAAGUUAUGGUAUGAAAUGUAAUACUUUUUUUAAGUUUAAUAAUUCGCCUCUAAGUAACAAUAAAACAGAUGAAAUUGAUGAUCUGGAUAGAGUUUAUUGGAGAAUUGGAAACAAGAGCUGGAAAAAAUUUAUGAAAUCUCUUCAUAAUCUACCAGCUCUACCAGUCAUCACUUUAAAAACCUUGCAGAAUGAAGUAUUUACAUCAACUGUAGUUGAAUCUGCUGAGAGAGCACUGAGAGCUGAAUUAAAGAUAUUCAUCAAUUAUUGUAAUGAAGGUAAAUGUAUGACUAAAGAGGAACUUCACUCACGUGAUAAAGUUUGGGAGUUGGCAUCAAUUGUUCACCACCUUAGAUCUAAUCAGAUGUCCAACUCUAUGAGUACUGAAUGCAUUUUAAUGAGUUUUGCUGAAGAAGUUUGCAAAGAACAUGGUACUCUUAGUAAAAGUGACAUCAGGCUUCUUUUUCUUGCUCCCUCUAGAAAAUUACUAAAUGCUGGAAUUGGAGUCAUACAGAGCAUUGCACCUUUAUACAAGCAUGCCAUUAAAAAUAUAAUUGAACAGAGACAGCUCUAUUCAAAGACAACUCCAAAUAUUAUUUUCUGUAAUUUCUGUGAAAGCAAUCACGCAUUGGAAAGAGUACAGCUCCCAGCAAGAAGAUUAUUUUCUUUUUUUGGAUCAAAUCCAAUGGACAUUACUUACAGGUGUGUAAAAUGUCCAUGUGAUGGAGAUGCUCAUGGUGAAAGUCCAGAGGAUGAUUCCACAGAAUGUUUAACUAACAAUCUUGACUUGAAUAAGUUGCUUGAACACACUAGACUCUGUUUAACUGAUAUAGCAACAAAAUUUUCCAUUCAGGGAUAUUUUAUAAAUAUAGAUGAUUACUUGCAGUAUAUUAACAACGUUACAAAUUAUGAGUUUGAUAAUUUCAUUAAUGAUCUUUUGCAAAUGACACUGAAAGGAAUGUAACUUAAAUUAUAAAGUAUAUGACCAAACUAUUUUUUAAUAAAAAUUUGAGGAUGUGAUUAUAAGUAAUGGUGUUCUUGGGGAUUGCAAUGAAUCUUUACGUGUAGAAUGUGUCACAAAGGGGCUGCAUAUGUGAUCCAUUUGUCUUAAAAAAUAGGCUUGUUAAAUAUUGUGUUAUCAUAUUUUGAUUUUGUUUUCAAAUUCUGUUUUUGAAAUUUUGAUCCAAUCUGUGUACUUGAUGCUCAAUACUGUUAUUGGUACAAAGUGGUUAUAUAGUCUGUAUUCAUGACCUAUAAAUAUUGGUACAAUGUACUGUAUAAUGCUACAAAAUAGGAUGAUAUUUAAUACUGUAUAACAAUCUAUUUGGUUUUAUUUACUACAGAAAAUAUCAAGUGAUAUUUGACAAGUACUAUAAUUUGAUUUUGUAAAGUUUUGUGUUAGCCAGAAAUGGUAUUAUCUGACUUCUUAGUUUAAACAGGAAUUACCUGAUGGCCACUAUCUCCCUAGUGGCCCCCCCAAAAAAAGACAAAGACUGAAAGCCAGCAUAACUCAUCCUCCUGUUAAGAUAGUACCUUUUGUAGCUAUGUGCACCAUUGUACAACCUGUACAGAAUAUUGAUGUAAUGGACAAUUAGAUAGUAGAAUUUGGUAUUACUGUAUUCACUUCAUAGAGUCUGAGAAAAUAAAGUUAAAACCAAACUUUAAUACUCCCAGGUGUAGUACAACAAAUAUAUUUACAGUAAUAUAUUAGGCCUCAUAUAGCAUGUAUUAGCCUAGGAUGGUUGGUUAGAUUUUAUUAGCAACAUGGAUAUGAAACCUUUUCUGAUGUGUCAAAAUUGAUUAGUACCAAAUUCUACUUUCUAAUUGUCCAGUACAUCAAUAUAUGUAUGUUGGUGCACAUCUUUACUUAAAGUUCCAUCUCAACAAGAGGAUGGGCUUGCCAGCAGCUGUUAUUACAUAAAUUGUGUACAGUACUUUCUAAUUCAAAAUAAUAAUAUUGAAUAACAAUUUUAUUGCUUUUUAUUACUAAUAUAUUCUUUGUUAGUAUUUUUAGUAUUUCAAUUAUUAAUUUGUAUUGUUAUCAUUUAUAUUACUGCUACUAUGUUAUCUGAGUUAUCCAGUGCAAGCAACUGCCAACUGCUGCUCUCUUAUAAAAAUCAGUAAGACACAUGCAGAUUACUUGGUCAAAUGUUUCGUUUGUUCCUUUAAAAGUCAAAAUUACUACCUCAUAUGGAUGAGAAGGAAUGAGACGUUGAAACAAAUCAUCA